AUGGAAACGGUGUGUUUUUCAGGAGAAUCCAUCUUAUCGAUUCGAAGGAGCGAUGUGGGCCGUGUAAGACAACUGAUAUCCCAGAACGAAAAUUUUGUCUACGAUAUGCCUCGAGAUCCGGGCAAACUAGUGUUGGAAGCGAUUUGUUCGAAGUUGUGUCGAUGUAUGAGCGAUAUCACAUCACUGUUAUGUAAACUUCUUAAUACUCCUUUGAGAACAGCAAAUAAAGUUAUUGACGAUUUGGUACAGCUACAAUUUGUAUCACGGCGUGUUAACGACGAUCAGACGAUAGAAUUAGAGCCAACUCAGCUUGGAGCAGCCGCAUUAGCUUCUUCACUUCCUCCCGAUGCAGCAUUGCAAGUAUUUAGCGAUUUGGAAAGAGCACAAAAAGCGCUUUGUUUGAACACGGAGCUACACAUGUUGUAUUUGGUUACACCUCUGAAUCUUGGUAUUUGGGCAAGUGCGGACUGGAAUCGGUUACAUAAAAUCUACACAGCUUUGGGGGAUGAUUUGAUACGGGUAUCGCGGGUGGUUGGCGUUAAUGAGGGCACGAUUUUGGCUUAUAUCAACGGAAGUGGCCGGUGCGAGCAGAAGAAAAUUGUUCAUGAACGCUUUUUCUCAGCACUUGCUUUAUUCGAGGUUAUUAACGAAGCUCCAAUAGCAGAGGUUGCAAUCAAGUUUGGUAUUACACGCGGAGCUUUGCAAACGCUUCAACAACAAUCAGCUACUUACGCCGCGAUGGUUGUGGCAUUUUGUGCUCGCCUUGGUUGGGUGUAUUUGAAAGCACUGCUGGAAGGUUUUGCAAGUCGGUUAGCAUUUGGUGUUCGUCGUGAAUUGACCGAAUUAGUUCGUCUUGAGGGAAUCGAUGGAGCUAGAGCUCGUGCUUUUCACGUUGCCGGAAUUACUUCAAUUUCUCGACUAGCCAAUGCCGAUUCGAAAGAUAUCACUUCUGUUCUAACGUCCGUGGUUCCGUUUGAAAACUCUACGGAAAGAAAUGGGUUGGGCGAAUGGCUUUUUGGAGGCGGUCUCAUGAGAUUAGAAGAAGCGGUUACCUUGUUGAUGGAACGUGCGAAUCAAAUAGUUACGGAUCAGAUACGGGAACUCGGCUUACUUCCAGAAUCGCAAAUUCGCGAAAUAAAAACCCGAGGAGAAAAACGGAUGCUGGCUCAACAAAAUCAGAUUUCACAAGCUGUCGCCGAUGCAAUUCAGAUUGCCACACAGUGCCCAAAGCCUAUAAAUGAUUCGAUGGAGUUUGAAUGGGAUGACCAGAAAAAUUUGGAGGGAAACGAGAAGGAAAAUACGUUUAAUAUUGCUCCGAAUGCUUCCAUUAGCGCUUAUUCAGUGGAAAGAGCACAAAAAGAAAGGAUUUCAAAGUUCGAAAAUACUGAAGCUGAGAAGGAUGAAGAAGAAAACUAUUCUAUGAACGAUGCCAGCAACUUAAGUGUAAACGAGAAUAGCAGCUCAUUUGAUUUGUUUUCACAGUCAGUGGCAAAUUUGACGAUUGAUGAAGAUCAAGGUAAAAGGAUUCAAGACAACUCUUAUUCACCUUACGAUCCCAAAAGGCGAAGCUUUACUCCGAAGAUUGAAGGAAACCUGUUAUCAGAAAUUCGACAAACUCAACUUGCUCUACUUGGGGAAACGGAAGAUUUGGAAACGACUUUAAACCAAGUAAAAUGGCGAGGCGAUUUAUUUGUCGUGAAUCAGGAGCGACCUGAUCAAUCUUUAAUUUCCGUAUACGCAAACGAGCAUAUGGGCGAAGACAAUCUUGUGGAUUCAUUUGAAUUAUCUUUUGACACGAUUUUCAAAGCGUCGAAAAAAAACAGGCGAUCAACACCUAAAAAUCGAGAAGUUUUGAGACGGAGCCUUUUACUGAAACAAUUGCCACAAGCUAAAUCAAGAUGUUCAUUAAAUAAAUCAAAUGAUGAAACUUUCAUUUCAACAAGAUCAAAUCUUUCUUCAAAUCAUAAUGGAGCGGCUGAUGAACGGGAACUUAACGAUAGUUGCGAUCUUUUUGCCUCCUCGUUCUCCACUAUAGAUUCACCGAGGAACAAUCUUGAAGCUCAAAAGCCUGUAAAGCGAGUUUUCAAUAAAAUGGGAUUACCGCAUUCUCCAAGUACUUCCAGUCCGGUGGCGAAAAUCUCAAAAACAGCAAAGAUUAUAGAGCCGAAGGCGGAAUCUGAAGAUGAUUUGAUUCUGAAAAAUUGCUUGACAAUCGAAAAACCCAAAAUUGAGGACGUUUGCAGCUCAAUAGAAAAGUGGAGGAAAUUUUCGAAUGGUUCUCAAAGUUGGCGUGAAUGUGGUUUAGCUUACGCUUAUAAGCAAAGUGGUGAAGGAGAGGUUAUCACCGGUGUAGCAUUAUGCCCAGGAAAAGAAAACAUAUUAUGGAUCUCGCUUUCUGAUGAUGAUUUUAUUGGUAAUGCCGACGAAGAGUUGCUAGCCCCCACAUAUACACAAUUGGAUAGCAUUACCGUAAAAGAAAGAAUUUCUGUUUUGAGUUGUAUUUUAAGGACCUGCCCACGGAUAUUUGUGUUCAAUUUAAUGCGAAUAACAAAAGCCGCUUUGCACACCGGUCACCAGCUACAGAUUGAAAAUCCUUUAGAUGUUGCUUAUGCUGCAUAUUUAUCCAAAUCUCGAUCAGAAGAUGAGACUUUUCAAUUUGCUCAACUAGUCAAAACAUACGCGAGGACUCUGUUUCCAAUACUGAAUUUUAACAACUAUUUAAAGAGCUCAAUUAGGAUAUUUUCCGCGUUUCAGGCAUUAGUUCUUGGUGGAUUCUUCUGCAAAUUUCAAAAGGAGGCAAUUCUACUACACAACAAAACAUGCUUUACACUCGAAAUGAAAGCACUAGCGGCUGGUUCACGUUUAACUGCUCGUGGAAUUUAUUUUGAUAAAGCGCUCUGUAAAGAAAAGUUGCCGCAAUUGAGGAACCGGCUUGAAUAUAUUUCAAAACGUUGCAAUGAAUAUGCUGGACGUUCUAUCGACGUUGAAUCACCACGAGAGAUAGCCAAAUUGUUGUUUGACACUCUACAAAUACCAUAUCCGGGAAAGAAAACCAAGCGUGGAGAGCGAUCGACGUCCGGUGAAAUACUCAAGAAAAUUAUCGAAAAGCAUCCUGUUCCUGGACUCAUCAUGGAACAUCGGCGUAUAUGUUCUAGCAUUGCGAUGCACAUGCGACCCAUCAUGAACAACAUACCAUCUUCAUCAACAGUACAUCCGAGCUACGACUUUUUGACGCUGACUGGCAGAAUGCUAACAAAUCACCCAAGCGUCCAAACCGUAACGAAAGAGAAACUUUUUGAGGAUUUUGGGAUGCGUGACUUGUUUAAAGCAAGACCAGAUUAUAUACUUGUGUCUGCUGACUAUUCGCAAUUGGAAUUUCGAAUAUUGGCACACAUGAGCCAGGAAACUACUCUAUGUGAAGCUUUUCGAGACAGAAACAAAGAUAUCUUCAAUGAAAUGGGUAUGGAGAUGGGCUACUCACGAAAUGAAGUCAAAGUGCUAUGUUAUGGUAUCAUUUACGGAAUGGGGGCCGAUGCUUUAUCAGAAAAGCUAUCUUGUACAAAGGAUGCAGCUCAAAAACUAAUCAACGCAUUUUUCAGCAAUUAUAAAAAAAUAAGCGCCUAUAUACGUGAUAUCAAAGAAAAAUACGCUAACAAGCAGUCCGAUGGCAAAUUUGUCUCGACCAUUUUGGGGAGAAAACGCUACUUCAACGUACAGAAAGGAACACAAACUGAGAUUGCAAAAGAUCAACGACAAAGUAUCAAUUUCACGAUUCAAGGGACAGCAAGCGAGGUUUUGAAAAAGGCUCUCUUAGCCCUCGAAGAAAAACUUAAAGAUAUACACGGCCAUGUGAUACUGACGAUUCACGAUGAAGUGAUUUGUGAAGUCCCGAUAAAUGCAAAGGAGCGCGCCCACAAGAUAAUUCGAGAUUGUUUGGAGAAUUCACUGAUUCUUACGAUCCCACUGGCCGUGAAAACUGCCGAAGGAUUUGCGUGGGGUAAGCUAUCC